AUGUUAAUAAUUUUAAUAGUUUUUGUGUAAUCACUUGAGAUAGAGCUAAUAAAUUUACAAUAGGUUUAUUAUAGUGUAGAAAUAUGGGCAAAUAAUAAAAAUUAUAAUUUAAUAGUUGAUACUGGAAGUGAUACACUUUGGAUAUUUGGAAAGUAAAAUAAUCGGAGAAGAUAUUAUGAAUGCAAUGAAUGUGAAGCAAUAAACAAAAUGAGAUUAGAUUAUGGUCUAGGAAGCAUUUAAGGUACACAAUAUAACUAAGAAUUCAAAUUUGUUAAUGAAAGAUUAAAUUUAUCAGUUGUUGAGGUUAAUUAAGUUUAAGAUUUGGAAUCUCUUAUUGCAGAUGGAAUCAUUGGAUUAAGUAAAUAAUCUACUAACACUAAAUAAAAUUUGAUUGAAAUUAUGUCUUAUAAAAAAUUAAUGGAUGGUAAAUAAUUCGGAUUAUUAUUGAAUGAUUAAAUUUGUUCUAGCAAUUCCUUAUUAAUUUUAGGUUAUCCAAAUUAAUCUCAUUAUAUAGGAUAAUUACAAUAUAUAAAUACAACUAAUAGUAAUCUUUGGAAUUCAUAUGCCAAUUCAAUAUAUGUAACUAAUAAUACAUAUCUUAAAAUAUUGGAAUCUAAAAAACAAUUAAUUUUGUUUGAUAGUGGAACAUCUAAAAUAAUGAUGUCAAGUAAAAAGUUUCAUGCCUUACAUAACAUUUUUAAUGAUGAUUACAAUUUACAAUGUGAAUCUGUAAAACAUCUUUAAUUUCAUGAAUUAGUAUGUCAUUUUACUGAUGAAUAUCCGAAUGUUAUAAUUAAUAUCAAUUCCGAACUAAACUUAACUUUACUUCCCUAAGAUUAUAUUUCAUCUUGUGGAUACAACUAUUUGUUAUAAUAUAGAUGCUAUUUGAAUUUUUAAAAUUUAGAUAACGAUGAUGAAAUUAUCCUAGGAGUCGUAUUUUUAUAGAAAUACUAUACUCAUUAUGAUUUAUUAAAUAAUCAAGUGGGAAUUGCUUAAUCCAAAUAUUAUAGUAUAAAAUUAAAUUAAUAUUUUCAGAGAGAGAUUAGAUACCCAUAACUCAUCUUGGUUAAUAGCACAGUUAUGAAAUGUUUUACAUUUCUAUGAUUUCUGUUAUUAUCUUGGUGCUUCUUGUAAUUUUGGCCAUGAAUUUUCUCAAAGUGAGGUAGAAUGCAAAUGAAAUAGCUUAGAGUGAUGAAGAUAAUAAAUAAGGGAAUGUUUAAGAAUAAGAAAUGGAACCAAUUAAAUCGUCAGCUUCAUAACAAAGAUGA